GGCAUUACAUAAAAGGUGGUUUACAGUAAGUUGACCUAUUCAGAUGUCUCCACUCUUCACAAAAUGAAAUUGUUCAUGUUUGUCGUUUCUGUCCUGCUGGUAACGGCAAGUGCUAAGAUUUUUGAGCGAUGUGAGUUGGCGCGGAAACUCAAGGCUUCAGGUGUGGAUGGGUACCGUGGGUACGGUUUGCCUAACUGGGUCUGUUUGGUCAAAUGGGAGUCUAAGUACAACACAUCUGCCACCAACCGAAACUCUGAUGGCUCAACCGAUUACGGCAUCUUCCAGAUUAACAGUCGCUGGUGGUGCAACGACACUAAAACCCCUCGUGCCAAGAAUGGCUGUGGCAUCAGUUGUAAACAAUUGGAAAGUCGCCAGUUCAAGCCUGGCCUUGCCACAUCUGCAGGUCCUUCAGCAAGGCCCAUAACCCUGGAUGCUGCUAUAGGUGGCUGCCCUUUGCCGUCAAGCCUCCUCUCACCUGCAGAGAGCGAGUCGGGGGAGGAUAAAGAGAAUUUCCCCAUAGGAAUCAAUUAUCAUCAUCAUCAUCAUCACCAGGACAAGGUGUGUGACAGAAGACCUCAACCCAUCCAUCAUAUCAGCAUUUUGGCCAUUGCAAAUGGCAAAAUUUUCACCCAGUGUGAUUUAGCACGGAAGCUCAAGGCUUCAGGAAUGGAUGGAUAUAAAGGGUACAGUCUGGCAGAUUGGGUCUGUUUGGCUAAAUGGGAGUCAGACUACAACACCGCAUCCAUCAACCGGAACUCUGAUGGAUCAACGGAUUAUGGCAUUUUCCAGAUCAACAGCCGCUGGUGGUGCAAUAAUCAUAAGACACCUACAUCAAAUGGUUGUGGUAUCGACUGUAGUGCACUCCAAUCUGACAACAUUGACGUAGCCAUCCAGUGCGCCAAGCGUGUGGCCAGAGACCCCAAUGGCAUAUCAGCUUGGGUGGCCUGGAGGAAUAAUUGCAAGGGUAAAGACCUGAGCUCGUACGUUGCAGGCUGUGGGGUCUGAAGCACACUUCCUGUAGUGAGAAGACUAUCACCAGAAAGCUGUUUGCUCUCUGAUCCGUCAUACAAUUAACUAAGUGAUUCGGAGGUGAAUUGAUCCAUCCAGUGAGGAGAGUCAUAAUUUUACAAUCUUGUUUAAAACAAAAUAGGGAAAGAAAAAUAUGAUUAAAUGUUGACAAGAACCAUG